AUGGAACUGCGACCCUACCAGAGGGAGGUGAUCAUGCCGGCCCUGGAGGGCAAAAAUGUCAUCAUAUGGCUGCCCACAGGCUCCGGAAAGACGCGGGCGGCUGCUUAUGUGGCCAAGAGACAUCUAGAGACUGUGGACCAAGCUAAGGUGGUUGUAUUAGUCAACAGGGUGCACCUGGUGACCCAGCAUCGUGAAGAGUUUAAUCGCAUGUUGGAUGGACGCUGGGCCGUGGUAACCUUGAGCGGAGACAUGGGGCCACGUGCUGGCUUUGGCCACCUGGCCCGUAGAAACCACCUCCUCAUCUGCACAGCUGAGCUGCUGCAGAUGGCACUGAACAGCCCUGAGGAAGAGGAGCAUGUAGAGCUCACUGACUUCUCCCUGCUUGUAAUAGACGAGUGUCACCACACACAUAAAGACACUGUCUACAACAUCAUCAUGAGCCGAUACCUAGAGCAUAAACUCCACAGAGUGCAGCCUCUGCCCCAGGUGCUAGGGCUUACAGCCUCCCCAGGCACUGGAGGGGCCUCCAAGCUUGAUGGAGCCAUCAACCACGUCCUGCAGCUCUGUGCUAACCUGGACACAUGGUGCAUCAUGUCACCCCAAGAACACCAGCCUCAGCUGCAUGACGUCAGCCACCAGCCCUGCAAACAGUAUGAUCUCUGCCAACAGCGCAGCCAGGACCCUUUUGGGAACUUGGUGAAGAAACUCAUGGACCAGAUCCACGAUCACCCGGAAAUGCCCGAGAUGAGUCGGAACUUCGGGACACAAAAGUACGAGCAGCAGGUGGUGAAACUGAGCCAGACCGCGGCCGAGGCCGGGCUCCAGCAACAGAGAGUGUAUAUGCUCCACCUGCGGCGCUACAAUGACGCACUGCUCAUCCUUGACACGGUCCGCGCCGUGGAUGCUCUGACCAUGUUGCAAGACUUCUACGACAAGGAGCGCUCCACAAAGAUGCAGGUGCUGCUUGCUGAGCGCAGGCUGCUGGCACAGUUCGAUGCUCACAAAAACAAACUGGCCCACCUGGCAAAUCAAGGCCCAGAGAAUCCAAAGCUGGAGAAACUGGAAGAGAUCCUGCAGAAACAGUUUGGGGGCCCUAACAGCUCUCGGGGCAUCAUCUUUACCCGUACCCGCCAAAGUGCCCACUCACUCCUGCUCUGGCUCCAGCAGCAGCCUGGCCUGCAGAACUUGGACAUCAGGGCCCAAAUACUCAUCGGGGCAGGAAGCAACAACCAGAGCCCCCAUAUGACCCAGAGCGACCAGCAAGAUGUAAUCCGGAGGUUCCGAGAUGGCACCCUGAACCUCCUGGUGGCCACGAGUGUGGCUGAGGAAGGGUUGGACAUCCCCCACUGCAAUGUAGUGGUGCGCUAUGGACUCCUGACCAAUGAGAUCUCCAUGGUCCAGGCGAGAGGCCGUGCCCGGGCUGGUCAGAGUGUGUACUCUUUUGUAGCAGCCAAGGGCAGUCGAGAGCAUCGGCGGGAGCUGACCAAUGAAGCACUAGAGGCCUUGAUGGAGCAAGCGGUGGCUGCUGUGAAGAAGAUGGACCAAGCCAAGUAUCAAGCCAAGAUCCGGGACUUGCAGCAUUCUGCCCUGCUCAGACGAGCAGCCCAAGCUGCACAGCGGACAAAGCAGCAGCAACAGUUCCAGCCGGAGCACGUGCGGCUCUUCUGCAUCAACUGCUCAGUGGCAGUGGGUCAUGGGAGUGACCUUCGGAAGGUGGAGGGCACCCACCAUGUCAAUGUGAACCCCAACUUCUCGAUUUACUACACCACCUCCCCUAUGCCUGUAAAAAUGGACAGAGUCUUCAAGGACUGGAGCCCUGGCGGCGCCAUUAACUGCAGGAACUGUGGGGAGAGCUGGGGUCUGCAGAUAAACUACAAGUCAGUGAAGCUACCAGUGCUCCGAGUACACAGCAUGCUGCUGGAGACCCCGAGAGGGAAGGUCCAUACCAAGAAGUGGUCCCGCGUGCCUUUCCCUGUGCCUGACUUCGACUACACGCAGCACUGUGCUGAGAGACUUUCGGAACUGCUGCUCGACUGA